AUGCCCGACCGUGGCAGCCAGAUCUCGUUCGGCAGCGACAUCGAGGCCCCGCUGCUCGCUCGUGUCCAUGGCGAGCGCAACAAGAAGCACCAGCACGAGUUCCAUCCCAAGACGGUCACGCGCGUCGUGACGAGGAUCGAGGCCUUGAUCCUUGAGCUCCUCCCUAUCCAGGUCGACCUCGAUGAGCUUCAGUCGCCGACCUCGUCCAUCCUCACCAAGGACGUCGUCGAGGCCUUCAGCGAGCUCGCCGGCGACUUCUCGCCGUGCAUGCCGUUCGCCCUCCUCGAGGCGCGCCGCUACUUCGCCUACCAGCAGCGCAUCAACCCGUCCGACAGCGACGAGAACGCCGGCCGCAAGCUCGCCUGCGAGGCUAUCGCGCGCAAGAUCGUCGCCCGCACGCCCAUCGCCGACCAGUACUCGCUCCUGUCCAAGCGCUUCACCGUCAUCGAGAGCGACGGCGACGAGUCGCUCCCGCUCUCGGCGCUCGAGUCGGCAGUCGAUCAGCACGCCACCUUCUUCCUAAGCUCCAACGAGGCGCAGCGUUGCGUCUUUGCGCUGUGGAAGGGCCUCCUCGUCCAGCAACAGACGGACGACGGCAACAUCGAGUACCAGCUCUUCAAGCCUGGCGCAGACGAGCAGGGCUUCCUCGCCCAUUUCAGCCCCGACCGCAUCGCCGUACCGAGGUACCAGUUCGUCAUUCGCGUCGCGUUCUGGAUCGCCAUCCAGACGCCCGAGCGCGGGUUCAGCACCGAGGACACGAUUCUUUAUGUGCAACUGCUCGGGUACCUCCUCGAGGACAUCGUCAAGGUCUACAAGAUCGGGUGGUGGGCCUGCAUCAGCUUCUGGCAGAUCGUCAAUCUGCUCAUCUAUCUCCUGGCCGGCGUCGCCUUCGUGUACCGCUGCUUCGACCUCGGCACGCUCAACGAGGAGAAGCAGGCCCAUUAUCGCAUGCUCGCCUUCCAGUGGCUCUCGGUCGCCGCGCCUCUCGUCUGGACCAAGCUCCUCUCGACGCUCGACCCUCUUCACUUCUUCUCGGUCAUGCUCUACGUCGUGUGGCGCAUGCUCAAGGAAUCGGCCGUCUUCUGCGCCCUCUUAGCCGUCUUCGCCAUCGGCUUCGGCCAGGCUCUGACCGGCCUCGACGUCGCCGACGAGAAGCGCGACUCGACUAAAGCCGUCAUCAACUCGCUCCUCCAAGCCUUCCUCGGUUCACCCGACUUUUCCAUGUACGACGAUACGGACGACAAUGCCGUCAAUUCCUACCCGUUCGGCCUCAUCCUCUACUACGUCUGGUCGGUGGCGACGCUGGUCAUCCUGCUCAACGUCCUCGUCGCCCUUUUCUCCUCAUCCUAUCAGGAGUCGGUCGACGAGUCCGAGCCGACCUAUCUCGCCGCCUUUGCGGGUCGCACGGUGUCGUCGGUGCGCGCACCCGACUCGUACGUCUACCCGGCGCCGUUCAACCUCGUCGAGCUCUUCAUCCUCCCGCUCGAGUGGAUCGUGUCCAAGAAGACCUACGCCCGGAUCAACCGGGUCCUCAUGAGCUUCCUCUUCUUCCUCCCUUUGUGCUCGAUCGCGCUCUUCGAGACGCACAUCUCGCCGCUCAAGAAGCAGGACCUGCACGCCCUCCUCGAGGAGCCCGACGACUUCCAGGAGCCCGAGGAGGACCCCGAGCCGUACCGCAACGCGUCCGAGGACGACGCCGACUCGGGCGAGCCCGAGGGCAUGGAGAUCUCGCGCGUCAGCUUUGCCGACCUCAAGAAGCGCCUGCCGAGCCUCGAGCGCAGCGUCGAGGGCGAGAUUCUCUUCCAGGUCCUCGACCUCAAGUCGCAGCUCGCCGCCCUGCGCGCCGAGAUCGCCGAGCUUCGCGAGGAGAAGGGCAAGGCCAAGGAGCUCGAGCGCGAGUCGGACGACCUGAAGGAGGCGGCAAAGGCCGAGAAGAUCGACAUGGGCGAGGGCGAGCAGGUCAAGGGCGACAAGGCCAAGUGA